GAGAGUCCAAAAUGCCGCACGAUUCUCGCUGAAUCUGAAUAUUGACCACCUUGAUGAAUUAUCCCUCGUGAGAGAGAACGAAGAUCGAUGGAGGAAUACUGUGGACGGACUGGUUUAGAUUUGCUCUGCGCGUCUGGGGUUUCAGCAGUUUCUUUACUGAGAGUUUGUGUCGUUUUGUUAUGUGCAGGACGAGGCUCGGAUGAAGGGUUGAAGCUUCUGCGAAUCAGUGGUCUAAAGACCAUGAACCAGAAGACUCAGGAUGUUCUCGAUCCUAAGUUUGAAAACGUCGAAGUAAUCUAUGCAGCCGUCAUGAGGAGGCAGGCAGGAAUCAUCAAGGCAUUGACGGUUGAGUCUGACGAACUCUUUCGACAAUGUGACCCAGAGACGGAGAACUUGUGCUUGUAUGGGCUACCGGAUGGAGGAUGGAAAGUUGCACUUCCUGCACAAGAUGGUCCUACAGAUCUUCCAGAACCUGCCGUAGGGAUAAAUUUUUCCAGGGACCGAAUGUCACGCAAAGAUUGGUUGACUCUAAUUGCCCUACACAGUGAUGCAUGGCUCCUCGCGAUAGCGUCCUUUUACGGCGCUGAGCUCACCAGAAACGAAAGAAAACGGCUUUUCGUCAUGCUUGGCGACUCACCCACGUCCUAUGAUAUAGUCACUGGAAAGAACGUCGAUCAAGAGACAGUCGUGGAAAGCAACUUCAACGAUUUUCUUGACUACGACAGAGUUAAUCACAUCAAGGCCAUCGACGAUGGCAGUCUUCCCAUGAGCACGCGCGGGUCCAAGGACGAAAUUUGAGUCAACCAAGUGAUCACGGACGAGGAUGAGAGAAGCAAAAUGAUCUCGAAUGAUACGUUCUUAGCACCAAAAGUGGUGAAACAAGCGUCUUUGACCUACCCCGCAACUCCAGACAAACAAUGGGAGCAAGCGCUGGCGCAAUUCCUCGAUCUGUCGACAAUUUUAGAAAUCAAUUCCCGGAGCCAGCAAAAGUAGUUUCUGAAGCUCCCUGCGUGCCUGAGAUAGCUCAGUCCAUUGACAUGAACGCAACUGCUGGAAUCGAUGAUUUGUCAGUGCCCCAGGCUACCAGCCCGGCAGAUCCCGAGGUGCCCGAAUUGAACCUUAAGGACCUCCUGAAAUUUCGCGCAUGAGAUUUCUCUAGAACUGAAGUUUGGAGUCGUCUGGAUCCUUGCAAAUGAGUACUGGUUGCGCGAAGACUGUAACCUGGGAAGACCAUGUGGACUUCAAUGCAAGUUGCUGGCUAUUCAUGCUUAACGAAAAUUUGAUGAAAUGAGCGGAUUUGGACGUGCUACUCCUCAGUUGUGAGGAGUGUAAGCCAACCCAUUUCACCGAUCCUUCAUUCUCUUUGGUUUGCAUUUAAGGUUUGCAUACAGCUGUGGAUGUUGCAAGUCAAGAGGAAUAAAUCCAACCUUGAAGUAUUAGAUU